ACGCAGACUCACGCAGCCUCGCGCAGCCUCGCGCAGCCUCGCGCAGCCUCACGCAGCCUCACGCACUUACCGCGCGGCAGAGCGGGAGUUCUGCUGCUGUGGCCGCUCCGUUUCACGCGGGCAGCGCUAUCCGAGAGCAUGGCGGACGAUGGGGACAACAGCGGACCCGUGGACACCAGCGGCGGGCAGGGGGCAGCGGAGGAGGCGGCGGACGGCGGGCUGGGACUCGGGGCGAUGCUGUUGAAUGUCGGGGUGUUGGUGGCGUUGGUGGCCGUGUGCCUGGUGCUGUACAGGCGCUGGGGGAGGCGGCUGUACUCCGCCACGGCCCAGGGAGACGAGGCCGCCGCGUUGCCCAAAAUGAGGAGACGGGAUUUCACUCUGGAGCAGCUCCGGGAGUACGACGGCCUCCAGAACCCGCGCAUACUCAUGGCUGUUAACAUGAAAGUCUUUGACGUGACUAGCGGGAAGAAGUUUUACGGUAAAGACGGUCCAUAUGGGAUCUUCGCAGGUCGUGAUGCGUCUCGAGGUCUGGCAACCUUCUGUCUGGAGAAGGACGCUCUGAGGGAGGAGUACGAUGACCUCUCUGACCUCACAGCUGUCCAGAUGGAGAGCGUGCGGGAGUGGGACAUGCAGUUCAUGGAAAAGUAUGACUACGUGGGGCGGUUGCUGAAGCCUGGAGACGAACCAUCGGAGUACACAGACGAGGAGGACAUCAAGGACCACCUAAAACACGACUGAAACACAGUUCAAAAACACAUCUGGAAACUCGACCAAAGUCUGAAACGGAACCUGGAAAACAGCAGCUGCCACCGAGACCGAGCCCCAAAAACCCAACGCACAUGUCCAAAAAUCCCACUGCGAUGUCCUCCUUCGUCUUUUGAACAUUAAACAGACACUGGAAAGACGCCGUGCCAUUCUUUUGCUUGUAUAAUUCUACGUUUUGGGGUCAAGAUUACCGCUUUUGAUAAUCAUGGCUUGUUUGUGGAAUAGGUGGGGUUCAAUCUUUAGCUUUUUUUAGCUGCGUAAAAAUAAAAAAAGUUUUUUUUGUGUUUUUUUUUUUGUUUUGUUUUUUAAAGCCCCAUUUCUCAGAUAGAAGCUGUGGCCACACCAAAGGCAAUAUCGCUCCACUCAAGAUCUAGCGGUUCUGUUUGUCAACUUGUGAUUGUAAACGUUUGUAGCAUUACUUCAGAUUAGCCGUGAAGGGAAUAGGGAACAUAGGUGGAAAUAGAAGCACUUGUAGACCUGUACCAAGGCGCUGGUUCGUUCGUUAAGUGAUGGCGCCCAGACCAAUACCGACUUUUGUGCAAAAUGUAAACGACUAUACAGUGUGUGAAUGUUUUUGACAGGUGCAUCAGUUCAACUAUACACAUUAUUAGACCUCUGCCAAGGCACUGGUUUGGUCUCACAAUGGGGAUGGAACAACUGAAAUAUCGUGAUAUCGUAUCGUCAAAGGUCUCAAUAAUAUCACAGGCUAGGGUUAGCUUUAGUAUUAUAAGCUCCAGUAGAAACAAAGCGUACUACAUGGACCCUGAUCCUUUGCUCUGUUUCAGUGCAGACAGUAUGAAAACAUAACUGAGAUAAAGAACUUUUUUUUAAUAAAUUCUUUGGACUGUGACAGUAAUACGGCGCUAAAUGAAAGGUUUCUUCAGUUCUUAGCAUCUCUGUAGAGUAGCAUCUCUGACAUUAUGCUACGCUAGAUUUGCAUAUUCCCUAUCUUGCAAUGUGCCCAGACCAAGAGAUGACAUUUUAAGGAGGUCUCUGCCAAGGCAGUAGUCGCGUCUCGCAAUGGUGAAGUUAUAGUGUCCAAACUUGGCAGCAAAGUUAGUGUGGAAGAGUAUACAGCGCUAUGUAAAGGUGUUUAAAUUCACUGGCUAAAGCACUUGUGUUUAAACAGAAACAUGUAUAAUUCUGUCUUUUAUGCAUUUAAAAUCACUUGUAUUAAUUUCUGAAAACACUGCAAAAAUAUUUACAUGGGUUUUGAAAAACUGUAUCUCUGGUUUCUUCUUUUAAACUAAGUGUGGAAAAAGCUAUUUCUUUUUCUUGAAAAUCACAAAAAUGCUCUAAAUAUAAACGAUACCUGAACUAUACAAACUGAGUUCCAUGUGAUGAGUUCAAGCCCUAUAUUUUUUACAGUGCACCUGACUUAAACGUUUGCAGAAUUCUGUAUAUUAUGUUCUAGAAAAAUCAAUUUUUUCACUAAUUAAAAGGGAAGUUUGCCCAAGAGAUGAAAUUCUACACAUAAUAAUGAAAAGUGUUUACAUGAAGCCAGCUGCAGCCCGUCAAUAUAAUAAUAAAAACUUCACUUCAUCGCAAAUCAAAAUGGUCCAAGUAUUAUCGUGCCUUAUUCUGUUGUCUCUGCCCCAUCGGCUCCACAAGGCAAGACGUCUCUCGUCACUCUCCCUCUGUAAAUACACGUCCUCAGUGUUACUGCCAAUGUAGUGAUGACUCGUUUAAGCUACUCCAUAUUGGCCAAACCUUCCCUUUAUCUUUUGGGGUAACACUUUAGAUCAACUACACUUUAAUAGCUUUAAAGUUGCACUGUGUAACUUUUCCACCUCCUCAUCUCCAUGGAGAUGUAAUUUCUUUGCUUGGAAAGUUCCAUAGCACUGCAUUAAAAUUACAAUUCUGUCAUGUAUUUAUUCAGUUACAGUUGUUUUAAUUGCUAAAAAAAAAUCCAUUGAAAAAUGGUACACAAUGAAAUGUGACUGUGAGCGGAUGCGCCUCUCCAGAGAUCUGACCACAAACUUAAAGCCUGGUGGAGACGCGUGCUUGUCUCCAUGGAGAUGUAAUUUCUUUGCUUGGAAUGUUCCACAGUACUGCGUUAAAAUUCUGUCUUGUAUUUUUCUCAUUCAUUUAGUUGUUUUAAUUACUAAAAAAAGUCCAUUAUAAAACAUGAAACGUGACUGCACGUGGGGGCGCCUCUCCACAGAUUUCACCUCAAACUUAAAGCCGGUGGAGAUGGAUGAGUUUAAUGCCAUAAUGUGGAAUAUUCUAAGCAAAACUAAUCUACAUGGAAAAGUUACAUGAUACACCUUUAAUAAAUCAUGAACAGACUUGCUUCAUAAUGAACAAAUGGUUUAUUAAGAAUGAUUCAGUCUUAUUAACAACUUAAUUAACACUCCUGAACUUUUAAUUAAGUAGUUAUUAAGAAUGAUUCAGGCUUAGUAAAGUCUUUGUUCAUUAUAAUUAAGUCUGUUGCUGUUUUAAUGAGGUUAAUUACAGUGUAGUUAUGAAGUGAUGCCUUGCCUUGUUUCGUUUCGUUUUGUGUUCCUCUUUCUCUCCUUUUUAAUAAACGUGGGUGAAUUUUUGUCCCAGAUGAAAUGAUAAAACAUUGCUGGAUUAGUUUUUGGGAUGUGGAACUGUUGUUUUUGUUUUCUUCUGUUUUUGUUUGAUUUUUUUUCUUGUAAAUAUCUGGUUUCUGAGCAUGUGCUGCUGCGUGAGCUGGAUCCCCACAUUCUGUAUUUAAGUGUUGGGUGUGUGUGUGUGCGCGUCUGAGCAGAGGGACUGUCCAAGCAUCAAUAAAUACAUUUGGUUAAUAACAAUCCAA